UUGAGUCAAUCGGCUGGUCGUUGAGUCCUUCUUGACCUCGGCUUGGAGUCAACCGAUCGAUGCAGACCGGGCGGACAUGUCAUACAAGAUGUGCUCUUCUUGACUGCAUUGUGAGGGUAUAGCUCUUGGGAAACCCUGGUGCGACAGUCUAUGGAAAUCUCCCCUGUGACGGCAUCCCCUUGUUGGGCCCCGUGGUGGGUGGGGUCACUAGGAGCUGAAUACUUAUUUUUAAAUAUGGAUUCAUUAAAACUAAAAAAAUCAUGUACCAAUACACCACCACCAAAGGAGGACAGUUCCUCCAAUUAACCAGCCUAUCUCAUCGUGCAUGCUAUGGGAGAAACAACUCUUUCUAAAUGUUCCCCCUUUUUGAUUCAGAAACUUUUUGAAUCUACCAUUGGGCGUCUUAAAAAAAUCCAAAAGUUGAGAUCAGGAGACCUGCUCGUUGAGGCAGCCUCCCCUCAACAGUCUGAAAAGCUUAUGAAGACAAAAUCUCUAGGAGACAUACAAGUCACCAUCACACCACACACAAGUUUGAACUCAUCACGUGGUGUGAUAUCUGAAAUCGAUUUGAUGUCUGAGGACGAAUUCGAUAUUCAGAUCGGCCUCUCAGACCAAGGUGUCACUGCUGUCCGACGAAUUUCAAUCCGUCGAGAUGGCAAGUUGAUACCAACGAAACACCUUAUCCUCACCUUUGGAAAACCGUCAUUGCCAUCUUUUGUUACAGCAGGCUAUUUGCGCUGCUCAGUUCGCCCAUAUAUUCCAAACCCACUGCGUUGCUUUAAAUGCCAGCGGUUUGGACACUCACAAACAUCCUGCCGAGGUAAAAGCUUAUAUGCACAGUGUGAAGAUGAAGGCCACCAGAGUACUGAGUGUACCAGUACUCCAUGCUGUGUUAACUGCAACGAUGCCCAUCCUGCCUACUCUCGGAAAUGCUCUGCAUGGCAGAGAGAGAAAGAGAUUCAGCGGGUGAAAACGGUAAAUAACGUAUCCUAUCCAGAGGCUCGACGCAUGGUCACCUUAAGCGCUCCUUUGAAACAGAAGAGUUUUGCGGCUGCAUUGAAGUCUACAAAGACAGUUGGGGUUCAAACAGAUAUUUCUGUUUCCCCAAAGGAAUCUCUUACUCGCCAUGCGAAAUGUUUAAUACUCCCAUCACAAGAAACACCAGCAAAGGAGAGUACAAAAGCAAAAACACCCCUACCUAAACCAGGAGUAAUAAUGAGAAACUUGGGCUCCAAAAAAGCAAGCAAGAACCCGCUAAACAAACAGAAAGUUAAAGCUGCUCUCUCUAAAUCUAAAAAAUCAGAGGCACAAUCUAUGAGUGAGUUCUCUGACUUCUCUGAAGAAGAGACUUACAAGGAGGUUACAAAAUCAAUGUCACCCCCAAAAGAGAAACCCCCUAUUAAAUUAAAGAGGGAUACCCUCGCAAAGAAUGCUGCCUCAAACACAUAAUGGAUUAUAAAAUAAUUCAAUGGAACUGUCGUGGUUUCCGCAACAACUUCUCUGACAUUAAACACUUUACGUCAUCUACCUCAUCUCUCUGUGUGGCACUCCAGGAGACUCAUUUGAAAUCUGGAGAAAGCAUUACUUUAAAAGGAUUCAAUCUCUUCCGGAAGGAUGAUGAUAGCCACAACCGUGCCAGUGGAGGUGUGGCUAUUGUAGUUUCUAAUCACAUCCCAUCCUUGCCGGUACAAAUAACAUCUGAUUUGCAAGCUGUGGCAGUCAGAAUUUCUAUUGGAGUAACUGUCACACUUUGUUCUAUAUACUUGCCACCAGAUGUCAGAGUCAAUGAAGAUGAAUUGGAUGCUUUGGUUGAACAGCUGCCUACUCCAUUCGUUUUACUGGGUGAUUUUAAUGGCCAUAACCCAAUGUGCGGCAGUCCGGACAUCAACCUGCGAGGCAGAGCCAUUGAAAGAUUAAUAGGCAAUCAGCAACUAUAUUUAUUUAAUACAGGAGAAGUGACAUACUUCUAUGCCCCAACAAGAACAUUCACUGCUAUUGAUCUAUCCUUAGCAAGCCCAAACCUGUUUUCAGCAUUUACAUGGGAGGUUGGAUCUAAUCCACUCUCUAGUGACCACUUCCAUAUAUUUCUAAAAUACCGAGGCAGAGAAAGCUGUCAAACAGCCCGUCCACCACGCUGGAAACUGGAAACGGCAGAUUGGCCUGCAUUUUUCGUUUUGGCUAACAUCACUGAGGAAAUGGACAAUACUGCAGAUAUCAAUGAUGCAGUUGAGGUUGUCACUUCCAGUAUCAUUCAGGCAGCAGAAAAAACAAUGGGGAAGACAUCAACUAGAUAUCCAAAACAUCCUAAACCAUGGUGGAACCAGAAUUGUGAGGCAGCAUUUAAAGCACAAUAAGAAAGCAUGGGGUAUUUUCAGAAGAUAUUCCACUGCGAGAAAUUUGGUUGCUUUUAAAAAAGCAAAGGCAAAUGCCAGAAGAAUCAGAAGGCAAAGCCAAAGGGAUUCUUGGAGGAAGUAUGUCUCUAGUAUAACAUCUUCCACUAGCUCAAAAGCAGUCUGGGAUAAAAUCCAUAAAAUUAAUGGGAAAUAUGCUUCUCACUCUGUGUCCAUGCUGGAAAAUAAUGGCACAAUAAUCAGCGAUAUACAGGGUAUUGUUGAUACGUUGGGUGAAACAUUUUCUGCUUUAUCCAGCAAUAUUAUGUAUUUAAGAAACUUUCAGGCUUAUAAAGCCCAAAGUGAAAAAGAAAAUAUAAUUUUCUAUUUUUCAUCCAAUGAGGAAUAUAAUGUGCCAUUCACUAGAAUUGAAUUACAUACAGCAGUCUCUCGCUCGGGGAAUAGUGCUGUAGGUCCAGAUAAAAUCCACUACAGCAUGAUUAAAACUGUCAAACAAUUCCCUUUCUAAUGUCCUGUGU